CGCUGGCCGUCCACUAACCACAAGAGAGGCGAAAAUGAUGCAGAGCAACCGGAUGACGAUGACAAACCUCCUCCUGAUGGCACUGGCCAGCGCUGUAGUGCUAAUGGGAUCGCCGGCGGCGGCGGAGGAGGAAGAGGUCUCCAUGACCGUGGACGAGGUGGUGGAGCUAAUAGAACCCUUUGGCGACGGCUGCACCCCGAAACCGUUGAGGGAGCACAUCGUCGAGAUGGUGCUGAACAAGGAGGACGCCAAGCACGAGACCAAGUGCUUCCGCCACUGCAUGCUGGAGCAGUUUGAGCUGAUGCCCGAGGGACAGUUGCAGUUCAACGAGGACAAGACCGUCGAGAUGAUCAACAUGAUGUUCCCGGACCGCGAGGAGGAUGGCCGUCGCAUCAUCAAGACCUGCAACGAAGAGAAGAAGGCGGAGAAGGACAAGUGCGAGGCUGCCCACGGCAUCGCCAUGUGCAUGCUCCGCGAGAUGCGCUCCUCCGGCUUCAAGAUUCCCGAAAUCAAGGAAUGAGGUCUCUGAGCUGACCUUCUAUUGCCUGUUCUUCAUCAUUUUUUUUUUGUGUGUUAGUUCAGUUUAAAUUAAUUAGAAACAGCUCGAGAAUUUGGGGUGGUUCCCAACACAAUUAAAAAGCGCCCAACCAACGAAA